AUGCAUCCUAAAAAAACACUGUUCUUUUUUUGGUCUAAAACAGUUAUAGUACGUGCACACUGGGUAAGUAAUGGAAUUAGUGAAAUUGUGUCCAAAAAUGGUGGCGAUGAUGAUGUCGACAGUAUAGACGAUCUGGAUGCAGAUGACAAAGAAGAAGAAGAAGAAGAAGAAGAAGAAGGGGACACACAAGACGAAGAGGAGGCACAAUACGAACAGACUUCGCAAAAACGUCAACAGGACUUUGACAAACACAAAUUUUACGGAAGAAAGACGAAAGUCGAAAGACAUAGAAAAGAUGACCACAAAAAGCGUCGACAAGAUGACAGUGAUAGGCAUCGACAAGAUUAUAGUGAAAGACGAAGACAAGACGACAAUGAGAAUCGUCGACGAGAUGGUAGUGAAAGACGUAGAGAUGAUAAUGACAGACGUCGACCUGACGAUAAUGAUGAACGACGAUAUGACAAUAGUGAUAGACGUCGAUAUGAUGACAAUGAUAGACGUAGACAAAAUGACAAUGCCAAACGACGACAUGAUGACAAUGAUAGACGUCGUCAUGAUGACAAUGACAGACGACAACAUGAUGACAAUGACAGACGACGACAUGAUAACAAUGACAGACUUCGAGAUGAUUACAAUGACAGACGACGACAUGAUGACAAUGACAGACGUCGAGACGAUGACAAUGACAGGAGACGCAUCAAUUACAAUAGAAGACGUGACGAUAACGACAAUUAUAAUUAUUAUAGACGACCCAGAAGCGACAGACUAAGUAGAAACGACUAUUAUCAACGAGGCGAACAUUUUUCUAGACCUUAUGACAGUUACUUUAGACCAGACUUUCCACAGUUCGACGGACAUUAUGAAUAUGACGACCCAAAAUACCCUUCCGAGUCUUAUUUCCCUGCACAGUACAGGUAUCCGCCGCCUCCUUUAAGAAGACAAUAUCUACCUCCAAGGGGGCGAUAUUUUUAG